AUGGAAUCAAAGUAUGUUUUGUCAACUGAAAAAGAAUCAAAAACAAAGCCAUCCGGAAGAGUUAAUGUUUCAGAUAUGGAUUCAAUUUCAAAUUCAUUAUCAAAAACUUCACUUGGAACAAGAAAAGUGCCAACAUCAUUAAAAACUGAUGCAUCAAGAAGUGGUUUAAGUUCAGGUGGUAGUAAAACACAUAUAUCAGAUGAAAGUGCAUUAAGAAUGGUUUAUGGUAGUACCCCAAGAGAUGAAAAAACAACUACUACAAAAGAUUCAAUAACACUUGCAAAAGAAAAAGAAAAAAAAAUUGAAAAAAGAAAUGAAGAAAUUAAAUUAACAUUUAAAGCAAUUAGAGCAUCGGAGUGUGUUGAUUUAUUAUUUAUUGUUGAUUGUACUGGUUCAAUGGAUCCAUAUAUUGAACAAAUAAAGAGUGAUAUUGUAAAAUUACAAGAAGCAUUAAAAUUAAAACAUUCAUUUUUAGAUAUUGAAUUUGGUUUUAUUCGUUAUACUGAUUUCGAUGUAGCAUCAAACAGAUGUUCAACUUUUCAAUUCUCUCGUUCCACUGUAGAAUUUGUUAGAUUUGUUUCUGAAAUUAGAGCAGGUGGUGGUGCUGAUGGUCCUGAAGAUGUAUUUGGAGGUAUGGAUUUAAUUAAAUCAAUGAAAUGGAGGCCAAAUUCAACUAGAGUUGUAAUUCAUAUCGCUGAUGCCCCUUGCCAUGGUACUGAAUACCAUUCAAUGGCUGAUUCUUAUCCAGGUGGUGAUCCAAAUGGUAUUAAAUUAGAUGAUUUAUUAACUGAUAUAAUUUCAUUAAAUAUCAACUACUAUUUUGGCCAUAUUAAUCUUAAAGAAACAGGUCAAAUGAUUGAUUUUUUUGAUAAAAAAACUAAAGAAAUAUCAAGAAAUAAGAAAUCAAUAAAUUCAUUCGAUUCAAAAGAAACUUCAAAAAUGAAUGAAAGAAUUUUUAUUUCAAUUGAAGAAAGUAUUUCAGUGUCAAGAUCAGUAUUGACUGAACAAUAUUUAGGUCACAACAUUGAUGGCUCAACAGGUAAACAACGUAGUGAACGUGAAUUUGAAAUUAAUACCAAUAUGGAUAUUGAUUUUGGUGAAUUACCAUAUAUUCAAAUGUUACAAACAAAAUUUAAAAUGCCAUCAGAUAUUGUUACAUGUUUAUCAUCAUCCUAUGAAAUGAAAUUAAAUGAAAUUACCAUUUCAAUUAAAAUUGCUCCAAAUCCAUUCUCACACGGUGCUUGUAGAUUAGCUUAUUUAGGAAUUGACGAACAUGGUAAGAAAGUAGUUCUUAAACAAUCAAAAUAUAUUGGUGGUAGAGAAAAUUCAAAGAAAAGAUAUUUUGAAUCAAUGGAAUGUCAAACUGUUGCUGCAAAAUUUGCACUUGAAUUUAAUAAACAAUUAUCAUUAACUUCGAGUGAACAUCAAAUUACAUUCACUGUUGCAAAAGUCUUACAAAUGAAACAUUCUGAAAAACCAAUGUAUUUUGGGAUUGAAACAUUUAUCAAUGGUGAAUAUCAAAAAUACAAUAGUAAUUGUGGUUGGUUAAAAGAUGAUGCAAUGUCUGAAAUACUUCAAACAUUCUCUCAUUGGACAUAUCAAGAAUCAAAAAAUAAAGCAAUUGUAGUCGAUAUUCAAGGUGUCAAAACCUCAAAAGGUUAUUUAUUAACUGAUCCAGCAAUUCAUUCCACUGAUACAUUAAGAUUUGGAAGUUGUAACCUUGGUAAACCUGGUAUAAUUAAAUUCUUUCAAUCACAUAAAUGUAAUCAACAUUGUAAAAAAUUAGGUUUAACCAUUCCAUCUUUUACUUCUUCAUCCUCCACAUCAUCUUCCUCCCGUUCCACAUCAUCUUCCUCUUCUAUUUCAUAUUCUUAUUAA